AUGGCCGACCACCAGUACAAGUUCAACGUAUCCAUGAGCUGCGGCGGCUGCUCUGGCGCCGUGGAGAGAGUCCUGAAGAAGCUUGAAGGCGUCAAAUCGUUCGAUGUCAACCUUGAAACUCAGACCGCGCUCGUCUCCACCGAACCAAGCGUCUCUUAUGAUACUGUCCUCGCCGUGAUCAAGAAGACUGGAAAGACCGUGAACAGUGGCGAGGCUGAUGGAGAGCCCAAAAAUGUAUGA